AUGGCAUCGAUCGAUAUCGGAGCGACCAGCUGGCGUCGUGUCGAGGUUGGGCGCGUGCUCAAGCUCGAGAACGGCAGCCUAGCCACCAUUGUCGAGAUCAUCGACCACAAGCGCGCUCUCGUUGACGGCCCCUCCGACGAUGAAAAGCUUGCCACCCCCCGCGGCAUCGUUUCCUUCUCUCGCGCUCUCCUCACCCCAAUCGUCGUCGAGAAGCUCCCCCGUGGCGCGCGCUCCACGACCGUGAAGAAGGCGUGGGAGGCGUCUGGAGUGGACGCCAAGUGGAAGGAAAGCAACUGGGCCAAGAAGCAGCUCCAGCAGGAGCGCCGCCAGUCGCUCACCGACUUCGACCGGUUCAAGGUUUUGCGGUUGAAGAAGCAGAGGCGCUUUGAGGAGCGCAAGGCUCUCGCCAAGGUUAGGGCUGCGGCGUAA